CCACCACCACCACCACCACCCCAGUCUCUCUGUCUCUCCCACCACUACUACAGGGGAAACCAUGACUGAGGCAUACUUCCUGGAGUCGGUGGUCGUGGUCGACGACGCCGACGACGACUUUGCUUACGAGGCCGUCGAUGUCAUCGACUCGGACGACGACGCCCUGCUCCAUGACGAGGACCUUGCUGCUGCCACCCGCGCGGCACAGAACGGAUAUCGUAGCACCGCCCCCUCGGUCCGCCAGUCUCCCACGGAUCACGCCACAGCAGAUCAAGCCCAGGCUGUCGCCGGCGCCGCCCUCACCCGAAAGCCCGAGGUCAUCGACGACUUUAUCUGUAACUUCCUCAACCGCAUGGGCAUGCGCCGUACCCUCGAGGUCUUCCAGACAGAGUGGUACGAGCUCGAGAGCAAGGGCCUCAUCGACCGCGCCGCCAUUGGUGCCGUCCCGGACGUCUACUCGGCCAACGUCGAGCUCGAUCAGGAGCGCAAGGCUCUCACCGCCCAGGUCGCCAAGGAGCAGAAGGAGACCCAGAUGACCCGUGCAACCUGGGAGAAGCUCACCCAGGAGCGGAACCACCACCGCAUGCACCACCGUCGCGUCGAGCAGGAAAAGCAGCUUCUCAUCAAGCAGCUGAAGCAGAUGCGGAAGCUCCAGCUCGAGUACGAGCCCACUCUCGAGCAGCUCAAGGCCAAGCACCAGGCUGCGCUUCAAGAAAAGGACCGCAAGGGCCGCAUCAUCAUGCGCCUCAAGGAGCAGCUCGAGCGCACAAAGGCCGCCCUCGCUCAGAUGAAGGAGGCUGCAGAGCGUGCUGGUCAGCCGCUGCCUGACGCCGUCCUCGACGCAGACCAGGACCGCGCCACUCGCCGCAAGCCCCGCUCCGCGCGCGCCGUGCGCACGUCCUCGGCAAAGGCCCGCUCCUCCACCCCGCGCCGCCCGGCAGGCUCCGGCUACGCCAUCUCUGGUGGCGCAGGCCCGCUCGUUAACGACCGCGACCUCUUUGCCCUGCCCGAGCUCGGCAACCCGCACGUUGGCAAGUCCUACGAGCAGGCCGGCCCCGCAGGCUUCUCCUCCGCCGCCUCGCUCCCAGCCCACGAGGACUCGAUCGCCGGCCUCGCCAUGCACCCCUCGCACCCGGUCGCCGCCGCUGUCUCGGACGACGGAAAGUGGUCGCUCUGGACACUCGAGACCAACGAGCUCAUCAUGUCCGGAGCAGGUCAUGCCGCUUGGGUCGGCGCCUGUGCCUUCUCGCCCCGUGGCUCGCACCUCGCCACAGGCUCCGGCGAUACCACCAUCAAGCUCUGGGACGUCCUCCACUACCAGUGCACCUCCACCCUCGCCGACCACACCCAGGCCGUCUGGGGCGUCGACUUCCACUGCUCGGGUGACGCCCUCGUCUCGUGCUCGCUCGACGGCACCACCCGCCUCUGGGACCUCGCCCGCUCGCUCGCCGUCGCCACUCUCCGCGGCCACGUCAACUCGGUCAACUCGGUCAAGUUUGAGCCGUAUGCCUCGGCCCUCGCCACUGGCUCGGCUGACCACACCGUCUCGCUCUGGGAUCCGCGGACUCACCUCUGUACACACACCUUCUUUGGCCACGAGACCUCGGUCGCUCGCGUCGCCUACUCGCGCGACGGCACAAAGCUCGCAUCAGCAGACUCGGACGGCAUGGUCAAGGUCUGGGACACCCGUGCCCAGGCAGAGCUUCACUCUGUCCUCACAUGCUCGCCAGACACCCCCUAUGCCGCCAACGACCUCGUCUUUGACGCCUCGGGCAACACCCUCGCUAUCGCCACGGAAGACGGCUUUGUCCGCAUCUUUGACAUGGCACAGGCCGCCCUCGUCGACGCUCUCCAGCACGACGACGCUGUCAACGCCGUCGCCUUUGACGCAGACAACAAGACCAUGGUCUCUGCCGGCGCUGACGCCGCCCUCCACGUCUGGUCCUUCUAGAAACCUCCGCCUCCCUACUUUACUGUCUCGCCGCCGCCGCCGCGGACUCAAUAAACGGCAGCACGGC